CGCGAGCCAACCACGCAGUGUUCAACAAGUAGUAGCAGCAACAGUUGAAAUUUUAACCAGAUUCUGGUUCAGUAAUUCGAACGGUUUCCAGAUAAAUAUUUUAAAAGACAUCAACGACCCGCGCAUUAAUCCCGAGAACAUCCGGAGAGGCUGUAUAAACACAGAGACACCGCCAUGAAGCCCGACAUCCUAGCGUUCUGCAUCUUGGCAACCACGAUCCUGGGCAGCGGGACAAGUCACGUCGCCGGCUUCUUAGCUUCCUCCCAGACCUCGACAAACGGAGGAGGAGCAGGGGUAGAGAAAGUGGGUAACCACCAGGGAGUUGCAUCCGGGCCGCCACAUCGCCUGCAUCUUCCCAUUUUCGGAGUGGCGGUCGGCGGGGCACCAGCUGCUCCUUCGUUGGACGUCCAGGAGGCCCAGGAGCGAGCUGUUUACGAUCCCGGCGAUGAAUUACUCCACGCCCAGGAACUCGGAUUGGCUGCGGUUCCUCCGCCUGCGGGCCCCGACUACGCCGAUGCGGUAUACAAUGAACUGGAGCUGGCCAGCAAGUUCGAGGUGCUCAAGAAGAUGGAGGAGGAUUUGCGGGCCGAGCAGGAACUGGUGGACAAAUCCGCUUUGCUCAUGAAAAUGCUAGAGGAUCCCUCAUUGGAAACUUUGCCCCUGGUUUACGUUGAGGAGGAAGAGCCGGAGGCCGUGAUUCCUUCCGCCGGAGCCGAGGAAUACGCCGACUUGGAGAACGCCGUGCAGGAUUUGGUUUUGGGCCAGAGCAAGCCCAAGCGUUCGCGCUACUAUCGCAGGUAUCCGUGGAAGCGCCACAACAAGAAUCGCGGUUCUUACAUGAAUUCUAUCAACAGCAACUAUGAACCGGAAUUGCGAUAUGCCUGCACGCCGAGUAAGGAGGAUAUAUUUAAGUUGCUGGUCAAUCUGCACGAGAAUCGCAAGGGCAACCACAGCAAGACGGUUAACUUCUGCAAUCGCAAGCGUCCUGCCAAGGCGGUCUUCACCAACAUACGAUUCCUGGGCUAAGGCGAGGGAUGCAGGACAUAGACGGUACACAAAAGCAAGCCAAGGAAACAAAAAAAACCAAGAAACAAAAACCCAGACACCGACAGGACACUGACAUAUGUAUACCAAGCAUCAAUUGUACAUUGCUGACAAAGUCGAGCGCCAAACUGGAGAACAACAAGCACUAACAAUUAGCCUAACUAACUAACUAACUACUAACUAUCCAACUAAACGAACAGAACUAAAAAUAACUUGUUAUCUUGUAGGGAAUACAGCCCAUUGUGGGGCAAUUUAAAGUAAUACCCUAAUACCUUGCCCCACCACCCCUAAUUCUAAUUGUAGACAAUUAAAACUUUUAUAACUCUCAAUGUGUUGUAUAUACUAACUAACUAAAUAAACAAAGUUCUAGUAGCUCCCUUUGUUAAUUUGGUUGUGGUCGUUGCGUGUGCUAAUCCAUGAAAUUGCAAAAACGUUGCCAUAUCACUAAAAAGUCUCGUAACGUCUCUCGGUCCAUUAUGCUAGUAUUAUAAAAUAAUAAAUGGAACCACGAAACCCAAAAAUGCUAUAUCAAUGUGUAUAUACGAGAAUAUUAAAUUGUAUUAACAUAAAUGUGUACGUAUUAUCUAUUUACUAAAUCAAACUAUCUCUAAUGUAAAGUCGAGAAAUAUAUAUAUUUCAAAUAAACUUAUAAAAUACGUUUAGUCUUGUGCAAUUAAA